GUCGAUCACUUCAGAAGAGGUUCUCAAGUGAAGAGAUAGAAGUGAAGCGAAAGUAAGGAAAGUGGUCGCGUCUUGGCCGGGGUGCUGAUCCCAGUCAAUGUUUGAAGCUCAGAGGCAUCUUCAGGAGAUUCUAUUCUCUGACGUCGCUUGGAGAUGAUGGAGAGUCCUAUCUUGUACACUAAAGCGCCAAUAUAAAACGACUGCACGCGUUCGAGCACAGCAACCAUGGAUUCCGCCGAUUCAAUACCAGAGGAAGUGUGGGACGGGAUGGAAGUGAUUGCAGAGCAGUCGCAGGUGGUGUGGUGGAUUGCCAUUGGAGCCACGAUGUUAUCGGGAUUCGUUCUAUGGCUCUACUCAAUAGUUUGGCUGUUCGCUCCCUCUCCACGUCCGCCGACCAAAGCUGAAAAGCAGUACAUUACUGUGACUGCCGAAGGACAAAUCUCACCUCCACAACCACUUCCCUGUUGGUACGACAAUCAUGUUGCGGUUAAAGAAAUGUCGCGGAAAGGCCUCAUACCCCGCGAAGAGUCCCACCAGAUCACCGACGCCGAAUGCUUCAUGACACUUGUGAUCCCCGCAUACAACGAAAUGCACCGAUUGAAUGGGAUGUUGGAAGAGGCAGUGGAAUACUUGGAAGAGCAAUACGGACAUCACGGAACACCGAGCAGGAGUAGUAGCAAUAGCAAAUUGCAGGCCAGUGGACAGCAGGGAGAUCCGCGAAGAGGGUGGGAGAUCAUUCUGGUCAGCGAUAGAAGUACGGAUAAGACUGUCAAUGUUGCUUUGAACUUUGCGAGGACGCAUCAGCUCAGCAAGCCUCCGCCGACAUACAAGGGGCCAUGGAUAGGAAAUGGCGGGGCUAAGCCGACGACUAUUGCGCCUGGCACGAUUCGAGUAGUGAGCCUGGAACAGAACAGAGGGAAAGGCGGAGCGGUGACACACGGUAUGAGACACGCAAGAGGAACAUACAUUGUCUUUGCAGACGCAGAUGGAGCAAGCAGAUUUACAGAUUUAGGCAAGCUGGUCUUGGAGUGCGAGAAGGCAAAGGACAAGAAGGGAAGAGCUGUGGGCGUUGGCUCUCGAGCGCAUAUGGUUGGCACAGACGCUGUUGUAAAGCGAUCCGCUCUCCGCAAUCUUCUCAUGCGCGCUUUUCAUCUCGGAAUCUGGCUCCUUACAACGCCCAAAGUGGCUCAGAUCAAGGACACGCAGUGUGGCUUCAAACUUUUCUCGCGGCCGGCUCUGCCUUAUAUCAUUCCAUAUAUGCACUCGGAAGGCUGGAUCUUCGACGUAGAAAUGCUCAUGCUGGCUGAAAGCGCGGACAUACCAAUGGUGGAAGUGCCAAUCGGUUGGAAAGAGGUCGUAGGGUCAAAGUUGAAUGUCAUCAAGGAUAGUAUAGGCAUGGCGGUCGGCCUUGCGUUGCUGCGCGUGGCAUGGGGUACUGGAAUUUACAGAAGAGAUUAAUUCCAACGAGCUGGAAUCUGGUCGUGCUUGAACCCGCCUGCCGCUAAGGAGCAAGACAGAAACCGUGCCCAACGCUGCGUACUCUGUUCCGGAAGUUCGAGUGCUCUUUCGAUCCUUACCCUUUUCUCUGCCCAGAGCUGUGUCGCUAGGAACACUCUGUCUCGAGAAGCGCACUGGGCGUG